GAGGGUUACAAUAACUAACUUACAAGACGGAGCACUUGCAGCUCUUCUCUAUAACUUAGACAAUCUAUUUUUCUUUAAUAUUUGAUUGUAAACUCCUUUCAUACCUAAAUUGUGGAGUCGCUAUUGGGGAGGUUAAAGUCAUGACAAAGUACUAAGGCACAUACACAUACAUACAAAGGCAGGGCCCGCUUUAGUGCAUUUUUAGCUCCAACUGCCUGGGGCUCUCUCUUACUCUGUGUGUUAUAUCUCUUUCUACACGCGCUCGUCACCAAUCACAAACCUAUCUCCAACAUCAACCAACAUCAUGGCCGAACCAUACAUCAAGCAGGACCCUCACAUCAAGGCCGAUCCCGAUGCACCAGCGGCGGAGGAGGAUUUAUACGAAGAUGCUGGCGACCUCGAGUUUUACGACAAGAAUGCUGGCGCUUUCGAGACGCUUUACCUAGCUCGCGUUCCUCGAUACAUGUGGGAAGCUUGGUACAAGCUCACCGAACGACUGGGUGACGACGACGAGAUUCAAAUUGGCACUCUGCGAACAUGGACCAACCAAAAGCCAGAUGGCACCUCGGAUACCAAACUUCGUAUGCUUCUCUCUGCCAACUGCCCCGAGCACCAGACGCUGCCUCGCGAAUACGACCUCGAAGUACUGGAGCCCAACGUUAACAAUCACUUCAUCUUCAGUGAAGAGGAUUUGCCCGGUUUCAAGGCGCGCAGUAAGGCGCGACAGGAUGCUGCCGCUGCCGGCAUUCCCGCCUCAUUGCUAAGGCAGAGACAAGCCAACAACGGAUCAGAUCGACCGACGUACGACCGCAAGAGCCGAUACCAGCCAUACUACCGAAAAGCUGUUCCUAAAAGGACAAAGAUCUUUGGCAAGGUUCAUUAUGACGUUCGCGUGGAACCUCGUGACAUUAGGGAAGAAGAGCGACUGCUUCAGCAGAAGCUGCUAGAGGCAGAUGGAAACAAGUCCAAGCUCCAAAUCAUCAGCCAAAGCGCAGCAUCAUCCAUUGUCGCUCCCGGAAGCGCAGGUGCAGUCAGCUGGGGUGGCAGUUUUAUCAAAAACACUGCAUCUACAGCCAAGCCGAAGAAGGGCGAGGUUUUCAAGGCCGCUCGUAUUCCAGAAAACCAGCUUCUGGAUCUUAUCUUCGAAUGUUUCAGACAGUAUCAGUAUUGGUCCAUGAAGGCGUUGCGCCAGAAGCUUCAACAGCCUGACCAGUACCUGCGCCAAGUGCUUGAGAAGAUUGCGGUUCUCAACAAGAGUGGUCGAUUUGCCAACCAUUAUUGUUUGAGUGACGCUUACCGUGACAAGGGCGGCGCAGAGGCCCAGGAAGCUGCUGCCGAGCCCAUGGACGACGACGAUGAUGACGAAGAGAUGGAAGACGUGCUGCCAGCAGCUUAGUAUCCACGGCUCCUCCACCCCAUUGAGACCUAGGAAACGACAAAAAAGGUAGAAUUUGAUUUAGAGAGUCAAGUGAAGGACAUUAUUUAAUGCGGUGUUGCAAUGGAUUCAAACAAGGAUAGGGUUUUUAGAGCAUGAUACCCUUUUAGCCUAUAGAUUACCAGAAGUAGUCAAUUGUUCAGCG